CGGUGGGUUGAGGGACGCGGAAAGGGCGUGACGGUUAAGUGUUUCUCGAAGUACUCAGGUGUGAAUUCCAUCAGGUGUGACGUGGGGAUUCAGGGCUGCACAACGUAAGGGAUACCUGGCCGCGGAAGGCGUUGUCACUGUUGCAGCUGGUUCGGUUGGGGAUCAUCAUGGCUGAGGACGGUGACGGUGGGCGCUGCUGUCGGCGCGUCUCCUACAUGUUCCUGAAGAUCAUGCUGGUUUUCUACUGCACCAUCUUCUGGUUGCUGGGAGCCUUUGUCCUUGCUGUUGGCAUUUAUGCUGAAGUCGAAAGGCAGAAAUACAAGACACUGGAAGUUCACUUCCUGGCCCCGGCUGUUAUCCUCAUCCUGCUGGGAAUUGUGAUGUUUGUUGUUUCCUUCAUUGGCGUCUUGGCCUCCUUGAGGGAUAACUUGUGUCUUCUCCAAGCAUUUCUGUAUAUCCUUGCCAUUUGCCUUAUUCUGGAACUAGCUGGCGGAAUUAUGGGAUUGAUUUUCCGUAACCAGACAGUUGGCCUCAUAAACAAAAACAUCCGGAAAGGAAUUCUAAAUUACUAUGAUGAUCUUGAUUUCAAGAAUAUUAUGGACUUUGUACAAACUGAGUUUAAGUGUUGCGGUGCUGAGGAAUUUAAAGACUGGCAACAAAAUCAGUACCACAACUGUUCCGCUAGAGGGCCAAUGGCUUGUGGAGCGCCGUAUACAUGUUGCAUUCGCACCAAGAAUCAAGUAGUAAACACUUUCUGCGGUUAUAAAACACUCGAUAAGGAGCGCAUCACUGUAGAUGAAAUCAUUUAUGUAAGGGGGUGCACCGAUGCAGUCUUUCUGUGGUUUAUCGAUCACUACACUAUCAUGGCUGGAGUGCUACUUGGCAUUCUGCUCCCACAGUUCUUUGGUGUUAUAGUGUGCUGGCUGUACAUAGGCCGAGUUGAAGACUUCAUCAGCGAGUUCAACAAUGCAAACCGUUCUUUGCUCGAUGGAUCGCCAGGAGGGGAUGAAGUUGAGUUUUCAGGAGGAGGUUGUUGUAGCUGUCCCAGUUGAGUGGGCUACAGUGAUGCCAUCUGAAUGUUGAACAUAGUUAUAUAUAAUGUACAUAUACAUGUAUGUAUGUUGCAGAUAAUCUGUACAGAAUUAACACUGCUGUGCAAAACUGCUAUCCUACUUGUAGGAUAUAUCUGGUGCUUAGAAAUUUUUACUGUGCCUAUACAAAAUUUAAAAAAGUGACUUUUUUAACAAAAUAAAUAACAGAAGUAUGGUUUGAUAUAUACAA